UCCAUCUCGUCAAGGUUUUAGUUUGAAUGUCAAUGUGAACCAACAAGGCAGGCUUUGCCGUGUUAUUUUUACUGGCUGAGUGGUAGCCUACCGAUGAAUAAAAUAAUCACAAUUUAGGCUAUUAUAUUAAUAUUUCUACAUGGCAUGUACCCUUCAACAAGCAGCGCCCCCCCUGAAUCCAGCGGUGCUGGCACUGGAUUGGCUCUUGGGCUCCUGGGAGUCGGACGAACCCGGGGAGGGUUCUUUUCCUACCAUUCCGCCUUUUCGCUACUCGGAGACAUUGCACUUCACCCACGUGGGCCAGCCCGUCAUCAACUUCAUGUUUAAUGCCUCCCAUGUGGAGAGUAAAAAACCUAUGCACAGAGAGUGUGGGUUUAUCAGGCUUCAGCCAGGUACAAACAGGGUGGCUUUCAUCAUUGCUCAGAAUUCAGGACUGGUGGAAAUUGAGGAGGGUGAGCUCACAGGUCAGCAGCUGAGCCUGAAGACCCAUGCACUGGCCAGAACCUCCUUCGCCAAGGAACCUCACGUCCAGCAGAUCUCCAGGGAGUUCCGACUGCGUGGGGACGGCAAACUUGAACAAACAGUCUCCAUGGCUACGAGCGACCAGCCGUUGAUGCAGCAUUUGCACAUCACAUACCGCAGGUCCUCCUGAUGAGGCGCGGGUCCGAUGAGCGGAGGAUCGUUCACAUGCCUGGCCCCCUGACUUAGAGUGACGCACAGUUAUAUAGCUCAGGAGACAGCAGUGGUGAGGUUACUAAGCAUUGGCAUUAAUUAUUUUAUGGACACAUCACUUACAUUCUGUUAGUUGCUCAUGUAUUGUACCACCCUCUAUUGGCAUUAUAUGCAGGAUUUUUACCUUGAAAAUAUAAAAUAACCAUGCUAAAGUAUAGUCAUGUUGCACUGGUAAUCCCUGUCUUUGUGCACCUUUGCCAAAAUCGAUUUCACUAAGACGGAGUCUAACUUUUGGACUAUAUUAAGUUGUUUAUUUCUAUCAUUUGAAUCCCAUUUGUGCUCAUUUUUACGUCACCGAAACUGCUUAAAUGUUUGCAAGGUAUGCUUUCUGUUUAAACCGUCCAAACUUGAUUUACACCCAUCCCCUUUAGCUCUAACCAAGGCUUGACGGUGUGGUUAUUUGCACUUUGAAAAUGUUCGCUCUUCAUUUCAAAUUAAACUUUCUAAUCACAGGGACUGUGGGUAGUUAAACGGGUUAUGUGGUAGACCGUAUCUAAGAAUAAAAGCAUGGCUGAUGA